CUCUCUCUUUCUCUCUCAUUCUCUCUCAUUCUCUCUCAUCCCCCCUUUACUUCGCUCCCAUCCAUCCGCUUUUGUUCAUUCCUUUUGUUUCGAGUCUGCCCCCUUCUUUCAUCUCAUCCCCCUCCUCUCAUCCUCCCCUUCAGCGGCACUCGUGCUGAUCUGCAGAACGCAAACAGUCCCCCCCUCCCUCUCUCUCUCUUCUCCUUCCCUCCCUCUAUCCUACACUCCUCCGCCGCAGACCCUCCCUCUGGACCACACCAUGCCCGCCGCCAUUCCCACGCCGAGUAUCAACAUCUCCGCGUCCUCCUCCCCCUCCCCCUCCCCCUCCGCAAACAACAACACCAUCCGCAACAGCACUGCCUCGGGAACCCCCACCGCCACCUCCAGUCUCUCCCUCGGCCCCCCCUCCGCCUUCAACAACUCCUUCUCCGCCUCCUCCCCCUUCUCCGCCGAGGCCCUGGCCGCCGCUACCGCCCUCCGGAGACCCUCCCUCGUCCUCUCUGUCGGAUCCUUCCAUUCCGCCCAGCUGCGCCGGCCCUCCUUCUUCGCCCCGUUCCCCUAUGGCCAAUCGCCUCAGCAAUUCGACAGUGCUCUCCAGGACUACAGCUCCUCGCCCAGGCGGGGCAGCGGCGAUGUCUAUCAGCGCGAUCUCGAGGCCAACUACUGCACCAACUUCUCCUGCUGUGGUCUGACCCUCGGUGAUCUGCAUGCACUCCUGCAGCACUAUGAGGAAUCGCACGUGCGUUUCGAAGAAGAGGACGACAAUGGCCACCCCGUCCCUGCUGGCUUUGUGGACGAGGAAGGCUGGUCCACAGAUUCGAUCCCACAACAACAGCAGCAACAUCAACAGCGUCCUUCUUCCUCCUCUUCUUCUUCUUCUUCCAACCAUCUGCAUCUUAAGGGAUCUGCAGCUGCUACGGCCGCUGCUGCUGCAACAGUCGCAGCCCUCGCAGCGAGCCAUAACCAACAGCACCAUCACCAUCAGCAACAACAACUGCAGCAGCAGCAGGACCAAAAGUUAACCCCGCUCUCAUUCUUCAAUACCAAAAAGAAGGCGACGGCCAACAAUAACAACAACGGAGUCUCAUUAUCGGAUAUCUAUUCGGAAGAUUCGGCGUUUCUCUCGACGGCGGACGAUGUGAUCUCGGCGUUCCCAAAUUCUAUCCUCAGAACCGCAGCCCAGGCAGAAUUCACGAGUCUGGCAAGCAAGAAGCGAGACCUGUCCGCGUACUCGACCUCGUUUGAUACCCACAGUCCCAUGGCCAAGAAGGCCUCGAAUUUCCAGAACAUGACCCUUUCCUCUGCAACGGCGACAUUCAAUAACCAGCACGGUGCCCCUGGCUCGUCCUCCAAGAACAAUACAUCAUCAUCAUCAUCAACAACAGCAAUGGCAUCAGCAUGGGCCCCGGCAAAGAACCAGGAGGAUCUCUUGGGAUCUGUUACAGAGUAUCUUCAGAUGGCGAUGAAACAAGGACUGCUACCGAACAUUGGUGAGGUCGGGUCGCCACAGUAUAUCCAGGCGGCCGAGGAUCUGAUCAGGAAGCGGGAGGAGCUUGUGAGUAUUAUGGAGAGCAUCGGCAAAUCGGGGUCGUCGAGUGCGGACAAGCCAUAUCGCUGCCAGGUCAGUGGCUGUGACAAGGCCUACAAGAACCCGAAUGGACUCAAGUACCACAACCAGCACGGACAUUGCUCUGCUUCGGGGCUUGCGGAUUCAGAGGGACCGGAAUCGAAGCCGUACGUGUGCACGUUUAUGGAGUGCGGGAAACGGUACAAGAACCUCAAUGGCCUCAAGUAUCAUAUCGAACACUCGCACCCGAACUUGACGGCCGCGCUGAGGGCCCAUCAGGCGGGACUGACGAGCCAUCCCUUGCUGGUCAGUGGUGUGUUUGCGAGUAAUCAGGCGGCGGCGUUGGCGAUUGCGACUGCGCUCUCGGCCGUGGAGUCCUCACCGAUGAUGAUGGCGGCCAUUAAUGCCAUCACGGCCUCAGCUGCCAAUGCGAAUAACACCAGCAAUAGCAACAGCAGUAAUAUCCCAAACCGACUCUCGCCUCCUUCAGACCACACGCCCGACUCGAGUCCUGUCUCGAGUCCUGCGUUGCGACCGGCUGCACCUGCGAUGCCACCAACGCCUAUCGUGAUCAACACCAACUUGACAGCGUAUCGGGGUGACGGAAACGUGUUCUCGACGGACGUGACCCCGAUGACUUCGCCGGUGCUCGGUCGGGCCACCCUCCCAGGACUGAGCACGUUGUCGAUCCAAACGAAGGCGAGUCCGUUGACGGGCCUCGCGACCCCAUCGUCGCUCUCGCCGACAUCCUCGGCCGCACCAAAGUCGCCGACGGGUGUGUCGCAGGUAUCGACGCUCACGGCUGCCCUGGCCGCCGUCACGGUGGAACAGCAGCGUCAGCACCAACAGCAGAGGCACCAGCACCAGCACCAGCAGUCGUGGCCCGUCAUGUAACAUCAGCACAAGGUCGAUCGAGAGCCGGUCAGGCUAAAAUUGUAUAAUUUCUUUUCUUUUUUUCCUUCCUUGUUGUAUUUUCUUCAUUUUCUCUCAGUUUUCUUUUAUUUUCUUCAUUUUCUUCCAUUGUAUUGUUCCUUUCUUUUUACUUCAUAUUGCAUUUUUCUUUUUCUUUUUCAUUUUUCAUUUUUUUUAUAUCUCACCACAGCCCUCUCCUCUCUCUUUUUUUAAACAUUUGGCGUUAUCAUAUAUAAAUAUAUAUAUAUUUUUUUCUUCAUAGUUGUUCAAUAGUUUAGAAGACUAGACUAUUUCUUCUUUCAUUAUCCAU